CUGGUUGAGAGAGCGGUAUCACUGUUGCAUGUCGCUUUCGCUCACUCCGCAUCUCGCGUAUUUGUUGGAUGCAAAGACGCCUAAAAUGAGCGCUUUUUAGACAUACUGAUUGAAGUGAUUUAUUUAUUGGAUCAGAUUAGUGUUCUCCUUUUUUAAAAUUUUGAAUGGUUCAAUGAACGCACUUAUGUUUACUGAAAAUUCUCUGUGGGACUUGGCGUUAGUCUGCAUCGUCUAUGUUCAAAGAAAAGGUUCACUGCGAAGAAAUUCAUGUUGUAGGCAAUAUUUUAGUGUAAGCUAGUUAAUAUUUUAAUUAUUUUUAGAUGUUUAUUUGAAUACCCAUUCAAAAAUAUGGACGGAGGACCAUUUUCAUCGUACGGAACGGGCCUUACACCACAGCCACAGAGUCAGAGUCCUGCACUUUUAUCGCCAGCACUUAGCUUUAAUAUUGGAUCAACACCAAAUCCUGUUCUACCUCCAUCCAAUGCAAGCCUGUACCCUCCUACACCCACUCCAGGUGGGCCUAUGACACCUAUUUCACCAGCAACACCAGCAUCUGAAGGAUCUGGAAUAAGGCCACAGCUGCAGAACAUUGUUUGUACAGUAAAUCUAGAUUGCAAGUUAGAUCUGAAAAAAAUUGCACUUCAUGCAAGAAACGCAGAAUACAAUCCUAAACGUUUUGCUGCUGUCAUCAUGCGUAUUCGAGAGCCACGAACUACAGCUCUUAUUUUUAGUUCUGGCAAAAUGGUGUGCACUGGAGCCAAGAGUGAGGAGAUGGCAAAGCUGGCUGCUAGAAAAUAUGCAAGAAUAGUACAGAAACUGGGUUUUCCUGCUCGAUUUCUGGAUUUUAAAAUCCAGAAUAUGGUGGGAAGCUGUGAUGUGAAGUUUCCAAUUCGGCUAGAGAGCCUUGUGUUGACCCAUAGCCAGUUUUCGAGCUAUGAACCAGAGUUGUUUCCUGGCUUGAUAUAUCGAAUGGUGAAACCAAGAAUAGUGCUGCUUAUCUUUGUCUCAGGAAAAGUUGUUCUGACAGGUGCUAAAGACUGGAGGUACAGGAUGAGACGGGAAAUGCAGGAAAUAAUACCUGGAUUAUUUCUAGGUCCAUAUGCAGCUGCAAUGAAAUCCAAACUGGGGAUCUUGCAAGCUGCAGGAAUAACUCAUAUUGUAUGCAUUAGACAAGAUGUGGAGGCGAGUUUCAUCCGUCCAAAUUUUCCAGGCCUUUUCACGUAUCUGAUUGUUGAUAUUGCUGAUUCAGUUCGAGAAAAUAUAAUACAUCACAUUCCAAAGGUAAAUGAUUUCAUUUCAUACUGUCUUCAGCAAGGGGGCAAGGUUCUUGUGCACGGCAAUGGAGGAAUUAGUAGAAGUGCUGCAAUGGUGAUUGCGUUUGUGAUGGAAAACUAUGGGCUUUCCUACAAGGAUGCAUUUUCAUAUGUACAGGCCCGAAGGUUUUGUAUUAAUCCAAACGAAGCCUUUGCAAAUCAGUUAAUGGAAUAUGAACCAAUCUACAAAGCUCGUCUUUCCCAUAAAAAUGGUCAGUGGUCAUACCAUGCAGGAUCCCUAAAGCGAAAGGACAGGGAAGAAGAUGAGAUGAUGGAGGACAGGGAAGACAUGGUGGUCUGAAUACAGAAACACUGUUAUGCAACUUUGGCAGCUAUUGCAAUGAUUGUGUUCCUAAGUUUCAACCUGUAUUAGAAUGCUUGUUUUUACCUAAGUGAGAGAGGGCAAGAGAGAGAAUGUAAAUAGGUAAAUGUGUUUCUUGUUGGUCUGCAUAAAGAUGAAAUAUCAUGAAAUACCUCCUCCAAUGCAUGAUAUCAUGCCUGUGAUAGAAGGCAGUGACAGAUUGGACAGACAGUACUAAAGCAGUCUGACUCAGUACUGCAACAACCAACAUCAGCAACGAAGUUCUAGGUCUUUUUGUGAUCAGAAAUACUCAGGUUUGCGUGAUGGCAUUAUCCUACCUUUUCAGAUAAAGUGAUUUAAAUCCCUCCUAAUUUUGCAGAAAGAGACAAGAAGCUUUCUUUUAUAAGGUUCAACAGAGUAAAGCGAUGAUCAUUAUACACUCUUUGCAUGCCUAUCCUUUACAUUAGUUUGAACAGUUGUGUAUUCAAGUACAUGAAUAGAUAUAUUUUAUUGGAAAUUUCAGGUUCUUCGUAGGUGACCAGAUAAACGUUUCUUUAUAUGAUUGGUUUAUCUGUGAAAGUUUUGGUGGCCACUUUUUAGGGAGGGGAGCAACAGGGUUUGGGGAGAGAAUGCUAGGCUAAAGUACGACUGUUGUUAUGGAAGUAUCUUUACUACUUACUUAUUUUAUAAAUCUUUUGUCUGGUAGGCUGUGAUAUAUAGUACCGACACAAGAUUUAACAGGUUGCAUCACAACAGGAUUCUUGGGCUGAGAUAAACUUAGAUCGUAAAUAUUUUAUAUGAGACUGGUGUGGUGGCUGGUUUUAUUUAUAUGAUGCCUUGACUUUUUUUGUGAGUAGUGGGAGGUAACUUGAAGGCCAUUUCUUGGUUAUACAAGAUAAUUAUAAGCAUCCUUGCAUUGUCUAAAGGCCCGACCACUCUUAGACCAACUUUUGGAAAUUUUGAUGACCUUAGCAUACAAAUUGGAAGACUUUCCUGCAGAGUUUUGUCUAAUCUUAAAUAAGGUUGUCAUCUUUUGCCACUUAAGUUGGUGUAUCUUAACACUCUGAUAUUGGUUAUGUACUAAAGUGGACAAAGGGUAAAACUCACUGUCAGCUGUUACAGGCUUAUAAGCAGUGUUUUUACAAUUACCCUCAGUUCUUUGUUAUUGCCUUUCCCCACCAAAAAGGCAGGCCUAAAGCGCUUUACAUAAAACAAGAAGAUAUAAUAAUAGUAACUGCUAAAAGCACAAGGUCAUCAAUUCUGGAAUCAAAGAAGUAUAAAUUAUCAUAAAGUAGUCAAGAAAAUCUAUGGAGCAAGAUGCAGAAUAAAUACACUUCUCAUGAGGAAGCCAAUGUACAUACACAGAUCCAAACUCUAAAAAUGUAGCGAUAAAGAAUGAGGUCCAAGGAUGAGAAAAUGUGAAGAGUGUAUGGUUUGUAGAUUAUAAGUAAAAUACUCAUGUUCUGCCAUCAAACUGGUUUCUUUAGUAUGCACCCAUUUUAGUCUGUCCUUAUUUGUUGAAAAGUCCUCAUUUCUGGCCUGUCUACCAUAACAUUGGGAUUUCAGCCAUGUUUUGUGUAAUCUAGUCACGAACAGGCCAGUAAUGACCUUAGUAGUCUACUGAUAUUUUUUAAAUUGUUUGGUCCAAGAUUUUACUUUUGCUUUGCUAUUGAUUUCUUUUGGUAUUCGCUGGGUGAGUGUAUGAAGGCAUUAAAUGUCUUAUUGGGAAGACAAAAAUGCAGGUUGUUUUCAUUUCUGUUUUUCUACUCAUUUAUUAUUAACCUAGUGCUAAGGUAGCAGAAAUCAUCACAGGGAUAACUGAACAUUAUAAUGGUUCUACUACAACAUUGGACAUAUUUCAUCUGAAUCCUUUAUUUAUGGAUGUAUUUAUUUACAUUGACAUAUUUUUGUCCAAAAAAUGGCUCGGAGAGAAAAAAAAAGGUAUGAGGAAAGGGGGAUUGUGUUAGAGGAGUGAACAAAGGAGAUAUGACAGAAUGACGAGGAUAACUAAGUGAAGCAGGUGGCGGGAGAGAUUUAAUGUUUAUAGUAACUUAAAAACUAUACAUUUGACUUAGGAUUAGCCUUCUAAUACAAAUAGAGUGCAAGGUGUUUGCUUAACGAGCAUUGCUAGUAGAAAUAACCAUCAUUAAAAAUGGGUGUUGUGCAGCAGUUAAGUGCCUAAAAUGAUACAAGGAGUUCAAUUAUUUCCAGAGAGUUCUUCAUGACUGAGCCUACUGCAUCCUACCACCUAAUAACUAGAAAGAAUGUUUCGUUUCCUCACAGUUAAGAGUAUAUCUGCAAUCUUUAAUGCAUAUUUUGCUAGCAAAUACUGCCUGCUAGAUACACCCACAUCUUAAGGUUUGCUUGUGUUCUUGUUAAAGGUUUUACCUGCUUCUCUGACAAGGAUAUUUGGUUAUGUCAUUCUUAGAAUAGUUUAAACAUUAUUAUUAAUGUGUUGAAAACGUUUGUUUUAAUGGGUAGUGUUGAGCCUGAGUUUCAUGGCCUGUUAUGCUGUAUGAGGCUGUUUAAUGUUCUUGUUAGGUUGUGAGCAGUGGGUUAUUUGCUAUGUCAUGUUAUUACUUUAUUUACAACAUGGAAUUUUGAAUGUUUCUUAGCUCCAACAGUUUUUUUUUAAGAGUGCAAAUGUGUACAGAAAAAGUAGUUUUCUUUUAUUGCAAGUCACAUGCCAGACUGAAAUUGAAAGUUUAGUCACAGAUAACCAGCUUACUAGAUUUACACUGACAAAAGUGAAAAAUUGUGUCCAGACUGGACAUUGAUGAAUGUUAUUUUCCAAUGAUGACAUUACAUUCAUGCUUGAAAAUACUGCCAUCAUUUUAUAUGUACUGUGUAUUAUUGCAGUUUCAUGCAUUUUUUCACAUUUAAAUUUUGAUAAUAAAACAGAAGGUUUUAAUACA